GCUCGGACGAACUCGGGAAUCUCCGUCGAUCUCUGCGGGGGCAGAGGCCUCCUUCCCUUCUCUUGUGAGUACCGCCAGUGCUCACACUCCCGCGUAAGAGAGCGGCGGCUUAUACGUGUUUCCUUGCGUCUCCUUACGGAAAGUCCAAUCCCUACGAUUCUUACCUAAAAAGGGUUAUCUAUUUUAUUCUAUUAUUAUUAUUAUUAUUAUUUAUCAAUCUGUCUAUUUUUACCUUAUUGUCUCGUGUACUUUAUCACCUGUCAUCUCGUAUACGCUCGUAUUGACUUGUUACAUCAUUUUACGAUUUGGUGCAAUUUGAUAAACACACAGAGAAAGAGAGAGAGAGAGAGAGAAAGAAAGUGAGUGAGAAAGCGCGGAAAUUUCAUUGGAAACCAACGCUGAUAGUGAUCAAAAGGAAUCAAGGAAGAAGGAAAUAAUAAAAUAAACGUUUAAAGGAGUGGUCUAUGUAUCCAGAAAAUAUAGUUUUAUCGAACGGAGACUUUGGAAUUUCUUGACGUGAUGUCAAAGUCUAUGGUUCGAAGGAUUCGAGACAAGGCGUGCCAAUUCGUGAUAUAUCCCACUUGUCGUUUCUGAAACGACAAUUCUGUGUUCUCCGACAGAAGAAACAAGAAGAACGGAAUUUUGAAUGAAGUCUGGGAUCAUCCACAUUUUCGAUGGAUAAAAUUGUGCGUUCGAACGUUUUCGUGUAGUAUCCAAUGGAUUUCUUUAAUUAAUUAUAGAUUAGUGGACAUUUUCGCGAGGACGGAUAUCGUAAACGUGACACGUAUCGCGAUUGGUGAUUCGUUUUAAAAUUAAUAAUUCAAUUAGUUUGAUAAAAAGAUCGUUUAUUUCGUGCAGUGUCAGUUUUAUUUUGAUAUCGUUUUAUUCGCUCAUCGUUCGUGGACCCACGUGAGACAAUCGUCAUCGGAUAAUUUUGCAAUCGUAAGAACAGAAAAAAGAAUAAUACAUCUUUUGAAAAAGUGAGUGAAUAAAAAGGUCUUCCUGUUUCGUUUCUUGGAUACCUUUUUUUUUUAAAAAAAACCUUUCAUCGAUCGUAAAAAAAGCAUCGCAUAGCGACAAGAUACUUAACAUAUUUCGUGAGUGUUGAAAAAAAGGGAAGAGAAAAUUUGUCGUCGGUUUUACUACCGAUUUUUAGUUGCAACAAGUUUUUUGGAGCGAGAAAAGAGGUGUUUUGAAAAUCAAGCAAACGGCAUUUUCCUAUUGGUCGGAGAAGGUCCAUACCAUAUCAGUUUAUUUGCAAAAGUUAACUUCGUUGUCUUCGAACGUUCAAAAGGAUUAAAUAUUCAUAGGAUAUUUUGUUGUUAUUGUUCUAAUAAAGUUUUUAGUGAUCAUAAUAAAAGAUUCAUCGGUCGUGUAAAACUGUGUCGUCUAUGAGAAAGAAACGAGCGUGGCAAAGACGCCCAUAAAAGUGGAUCGGGGGAAACUAGCAGACCGAGGUGUAUCUUGAAUUUGGUUGGCAGUUGGACAUUGGCAGCCGUCAAGAACUGUCGUCGAGAAAAGAACGGUCACGAGAACGGAAAAAUAACAAUUUUUUCUUUCAAUUUCAUUACCGUCAUUAAUUAAUAUUAUUAUCAUUUUAUUUAUAUUAUUCGUGGUUACGUAAUGUUCCUUGUGUUGAUAGCUGUCAAAAAGAAAAUAUUUGUCAGUGCAUAUUUAUAAGUUUUUCUUCUCUCUUUUUUUUUUUAUAUCCAAUCAAUUAUUAAACAAAGAUCGAUCGAUAGUGUGUGUUUUAAUAAGACUAUAAAUUCUCUAUUUGUUUUUUUAUUACUUGCAAUUAUAUUCAACGAUUGUGAUAAUAAAUCAAAACAGUGUUAUUUUUCGUUCUGUGCCGUGUGCAACGUGACGUGACUCAAGUCUGUUGUUGUUGUUGUUGUUGUUCUUUUUGUCUUUUCGAAAGGCAAGAUAUUUUUUAUUUACAAACAAAAAUUCAAGUUCGUCGUACUAGAAAAGAAUACAAAAUCAAAACGUCGGUGGUUUACUUAUCAAAAGGAAUUUUGUGUGUUAACGUUGUCGAUGUGAUUCCUAUAAGUGUUUUAUUUUACCAUCACCUUUGGACAUAUGAAAUUCAACGAGCUGGACAUCAUGCCAACGACGAGGAUUCUCAUUUUCUUCGCCUUAUGCAUCACCCCUAUCGUAAAAGCAGGCGAGGGUGCCCAAUAUUUUCGGUUCAAACCGAGGGAUAGUUCCGUGUUAGAGGGUGGCGAGGUGAUAAUCCAGUGCGAGGUCGAAAACAGGGUCGGCAUUGUUCAGUGGGUCAAAGAUGGCUUUGCUUACGUCAUACAAGCGAAUGGUGAAAUCGUUGGUCAUCCAAGAUUGAGACUGAUCGGUGAUCAAAACAAGGGAUUUUAUAAUCUCAAAAUUAUCAAUGCUUCUCUCACCGAUGAUGGAGAAUAUCAAUGCCAAGUUGGACCAUAUUUACGAAUCAAACCGAUUCGUGCGAACGCUCAUCUCACCGUAAUUUCAUUACCUCAAAAAGUCGAGAUCAGUAGUCACCCAUACAAGAAAAAUCUGGACGGUAUAAGUCAUUCGAGUAAAAACAAAAUCGAAGUGAAAGUUGGCGAAUCAACUCGUUUGGAAUGCGUUGUGAGAUCUGCCAAACCUGCAGCUUCCAUAGUUUGGUAUCGUGGAAAUGUACAAAUCAAAGGUGGUGAUACUAAUAUCAUACCAAUAUCAAUCGAAGGUGACAAGGAGAUGUUGAAGCCUGGUGAAACUACGAAGAAACUUCUCAAAUACGAUACCCACGGAUCUAUCACUAUAGUCCCCACUGCCGACGAUGAUGAGAUGGAUUAUACCUGCGAAGCCAAUCAUCCAGCAAUUCCCAUUAAUCGUCCUAUGCGGGCGACCAUCAAACUCUCCGUUUUCUAUCCACCAGGUAUACCGUACAUCGAGGGUUACACCGAGGGUGAAACUGUACAACGUGAUCAACAAGUGGAGCUCACCUGUCGAUCGCGAGGUGGUAAUCCACCGGCCCAAAUCGUUUGGUUUAGAAAUAACAAACAAGUCACUACCAAGUAUAAUUCAGAAGGAAGCCUAUCUGAGAGUGUUCUGUCUUUCAAGGCCAUGGCACAAGAUGACAAGGCACGAUACAGAUGCGAGGUGUCCAAUAUCAUGAGUGUUGAACCCAUGAAAGUGCACGUUGACCUAACUGUACUUUUCGUACCAGCCGGUGUGAUAAUCACCGGACCUACCGAAGCAAAGGCAGGUGAACAAGUUGUGAUUACUUGUACAACAGAGAACUCUAACCCACCAGCGGAUAUAAAGUGGUCGGUUGACGGUCGGAACUUUGAGAAUAGCACGUCGAAAACGGAACCAGCGUCUCAGGGUGGUUGGAUCACAACUUCGAAUGUGACUUUCAGUAUAAAUCACAAGAGUAGAAGCAUCGUUGUUAUCUGCCACGCGUCGAAUGCUAAACUUGCUGAGAAUGUGGUUGGCACACAUACUAUCAACGUCAUCUAUCCACCCUCGAACCUCUUCGUCACUGGUUAUGAAGAGGGUACAACUAUAGAUGCUGGAACGGUAUUAAGACUUCAGUGCACAGCCACAGCUGGUAAUCCACUGGCAACUCUGACGUGGUAUAAAAACGAUAAAAAGAUUCCUGGUACUUCUAGAACGAGAGAUCAAGCAGUUUCCAGUGAACUAUUGAUUCUCGUUAAUGCAUCGGAUAACAAUGCACACGUUAGAUGCGAAGCAACAAAUUCUGCCACGGAAAUACCAUUGAUGAAAACUCUUAUAUUAAGAGUCAAUUUUCCACCCGAGAAAGUGAAGAUCACGCGAGAACCACAGGAUUUUCAUGCAGGUCAGGAAGGUCGUAUUAUUUGCGAAUCAAGUAGCAGCAAUCCAGCAGCAGAGAUGUCAUGGUGGAAAGGUGGUAUAUCGGUACCCUCGACGAAAAAUGGUACUAAAGCAGGUUUACACGGUGGUUUUCUUUCCUACGUCGAAUUGGCUUUGGAUUUAACGGAAGACAUGAACCUCGAGGUGUACACCUGUCAAGCAAGAAACGCUCAAAUGGAAAGAUCGAUACACGAUGCUAUAACACUUCAUGUUCUAUACAAGCCAAUAUUCUCAACGUUGGAACCUUACGAACUAAUGGGUAUGGAAGGUGAACCCUUCGUAAUAUCCGUCUCAGCAACUGGAAAUCCUAAUACGGUAACUUACACAUGGACAAGGGACGGCUUGCCUUUGAGUAGUAUUGGCAAAAGAAUAACUGCUCGUGGACCAACCCUGAAUAUCACCAAAUUGGAACGUUACGAUGCUGGAACUUACACGUGCGAAGCUAUCAACGAAGAAGGGACUACCUUUUAUCCACUCAAUUUGACUGUACAAUAUCCGGCCAGGAUUAUACAAACGUCAAUUUCUGGUACGAUAUAUCAACCUGGAAUUGAAGCUAAAUUAUUUUGCGAGGUUGACGGUAGCCCUAUCGGAGAUGAAUUCGUGACUUGGCAAAAAGUUGGUUCCAAUGCUGAAUUACCAGGAAGAUAUUCGACGUCAUUCGCUAACAAAACUUCUUAUCUUCAUAUCGAACAUCCAGAAAAGGAAGAUGUUGGUGAAUAUCGAUGCAAAGUUAACAAUGGAAUUGGCAAUGCAACUUCCAAACCAAUUUUAUUCAUCACUAAUUUUGCACCAGAAAUGAUGAAUACACCGUUAACUAGAAAAGCAGCUGCAAAUAAAGGAAUAAGUGCGCCACUUUAUUGUAAAGCACGAGGAUCACCUUUGCCACGUUUUACAUGGAUUUUUAAUGGAAGAUCUUUAUUACCUAACGCGACUGAAAACAAAUAUAGCAUCACCCAUAGCGACUUAUCCGAAUUAAUAUCAGAGUCAACAUUGACGAUAAUCAACGUAAGAGCUACCGAUUAUGGUAAAUACGAGUGUCGUGCUGAAAAUAAGAUGGGUCAUUCACUCGACGUCAUCCAUUUGGAUGUAACAUCACCACCAGACAAACCUCUCGAUUUAGAAGCUUGCAACAUGACUCACGAUUCUGUAACAUUAGUCUGGAAAAGAGGAUUCGAUGGUGGUUUACCAACGUCUCAUCAAAUUAGAUGGAGACAAGCAUUGGAUUAUGAAAAUCGUUAUAGAUAUUUAGACGUUUCACCUGGCGAAUAUAAAGCUACAAUAACCGGUCUUCAACUUGGAACAUAUUAUGUGUUUAGUAUUAAAGCAAUUAAUGAAAAGGGUGACAGUGGUUUCUUGCCAGACAUCGUUAAAGUUCAAACACUACGACCCAAUAACGUGGAAAACCUGCCAGACGUCCUCUUGGAAAGAGGGGAUUUUCCAAUGAAUUAUAUCUAUACGUUCGCAGCUACUUCCGUCAUCUUUUUUAUCGUUAAUGUCUUCAUCAUGUUGUGGUACAUUGUACGAAAACGAAAUAAAGCUCGAUUAAACAAGUCCCAGACAGCUGAUAUGUAUGCACCAUCUACCGUCAACGGGGACACCAUGACCGGCGAAUUAAGUUCCGUGUCCGAUGAGAAGAGCGACGUUAACUUCGACGCUAAUGAUUACGUGGACGAGGGAAGAAAAACUGCAGCUAGUACAUAUUUAAUCGAUCAAACUAUGCAGGAUUAUGGGAAGGGUAGUUUAGAGAUGCAGGUACAUCAUCAAGGAACUCUCGGUCGUCGAGGUAACCACGUACCAAUAAUGAGUAUGGAUUCUCCACCUCAAAGAACUACAGCAAGUGGGACUCUCUCGGUUUCGAAGUCGAGUUACAUCGGGAAUCCAAGUCCUGCACCGCCCAACGACGUAAGCUUCUACAGUGUGGAAAUGGACAACGGCCGUUAUAUGGGAUAUGAGCCGAAUUCGAGCCCGGCACCAACAAUGGGAGAUCCGGGCUCGGGCACGUAUUACCCAUCCAUGCCAAUCACAGGACAACACACGGGGGUGCCCCAUGCGAGCAUGAACGCUGGUGGAACGGGUACGUUGACUCGUUCGAGAACUCUACCGCGACCUGUACCACCCCCGGAUGUUACCGUGAUGACGGCGGGUACAAAAUCACUGAUACCACCCACCGUACCACCACCACCGGCUACUUUUGCACGUGCGAACAACAACGGUGCCCACAAUCAUGGUCACCCGUUAUCGACGUUCACACCGACACCGGCCUAUUCCGACAUUGACGGCCAUCUUGUCUGAGGCUCACCAAUUUUCGGCCCCAGCUCGGUACGCGGUAAAUAUCGUGCCGUACCUAGGGACGAAACCAAUUUGCCCGUCACUGAAAGAAGCACUAGACUUUAGGCCUAUCAAUAACGCUAACGCUAACGCAAACGCAAUCGCGAAGAGAUCAAAACAUCCUAAAACUUAUUUCAUAUUCUGUGAGGAUGAUAAUGAUAAUCAUGAUGCCGAUGAUGAUGAUGAUGAUGAUGAUGAUGAUGAUGAUGAUGAUGAUGAUGAUGAUUCACUGACAGCAACAACAAACGAAGCAACCAACAAUGAUGAUAAUGACGAUGAUGAUGAUGAUGAUGAUGACAUUUUGCUUCUGAUUCGCGUGUUCCUUUUUUACUUUCAUUCUCGUGGAUUGUGUGCGUAGUGAUGCUAUUGCGUGACGGGACAUAUAUUAUUGAUAAUGUGACAAGAAACUUGACUAACAAACAAACAAACAAAAGAAAAAUCAUUUGUUCUACGUAUACUCUUCUACCUCCUCCUCCUCAUCCUUCUCUACCUCAUGAUGAGGAGUGUUGGGGGUGGAGGACAAUUAUCGGUGGUUAAAUCUGUGGCUUACGUGUAAAUAAUAAGAAGACGUUUAUGGGCGUGUUUAACAUUUUGACGACGAUCGAGAAAAUAAAACCACGAUUUUGUCUUCGUUGAAACAUUGUUUGCAAAACGAAGAGACGUUCGUAAAAACAAAAAAAAAGACACAUUUUUUGCGUGGACGAUUAGAAUAGUUGCAUUUGCAUAUCAUGAAAAUCGUUCGUGCUUUAUAAUCGUCGAUUUCAUCAUCGAACUUAGGCGAGUUAUCGAUCGAUGACCGAGAAAACUGAACACGCGGUUUAUCGUUCUAUGUGUGGGUGGGUGUGUGUUUAUGAGUUUGAGAGUGGGUGGAUGUUAAUAUGUAUGUUUGUUCGUGUGUGUUGAAUGCAUGCAUACGUUUAUGAAUGUGUGUGUGUGUAAACAUCAUAAUAUAAAUCCUUUAUCUUCUCCGAGUAUAGUAAUAGAAAAUAAUUAAUUUCAUAUUCGAUCUCGACGAUCGUUUGUUUCAAUGUUAAACGAUCAUCGACAUUGAUCAAAUUUAUGUUUUAUUACAACGUUCAAGAAUUUUGCUAUACAUACGAUUGCUCCACAAUAUGCAAGAGAAACAUUUUUAAUCGAUUCGAUAUUGUAUUAACAAUAAAACAAAAAACAACAAAUCAAUAUCAAAUCAUUUUUUUUGUCUCUUCGGUUUUGACAGAGGUCGGCCUAGGGAUUUUGUUUCUGUAUUUUUUUCGCACGUAUGGGUAUCUUGAGACUCGUCAUCUUAGGUCCCUUCUCCUCCUACCCCCUUCCUUCCCUCAACCAACCCCAAUUCACCUCUCAAAACCCUUUCUUAAUGUUACUUUUUAUUUGGUUUUAUGAGUGACACAUUAAAACGAAAAUGCGAACCUUUACGAUCUAUCGUAUUUUUUAUGAUAAUAAUAAAUAAAAAACUUAUCUCGAUAAGUAUCUAUAGUUUGAUGAGAAAAAUUUGAACAAAUAUUAAAUACAAAUUAUUCG